AUGGCCACUAUAACAACAGAGGACGCGCAAGACAGCGUUCUAUCCAAUGACGACUGGAGACAAUUGCUCCGAUGGAAUAGGCCUCUUCCUGAGUCAGUUGAAACUUGUAUUGACUGUGAGAUUCAGAAGCACGUUCAUUCGAACCCAUGCAAGAUCGCAAUAUCAACCUCGGAAGGUGAUACUACGUAUGGAGAACUUGAGCAAUUGGCAAAUGGCCUCGCAUGUCUGCUGCGAGAGUGCGGCAUUCGGCAGGAAAGCAUAGUUCCACUUUGUUUCUCCAAGUCCAAGUGGAUGAUUAUUGCUAUGUUGGCUGUACUGAAGGCUGGAGGUGCUUUCCUUGCACUGGACCCAAAGGAUCCACCAGCUCGACGACAGUAUAUGCUGAGUCAAAGCAGUGCAACUGUUAUUGUGUCGGCCCCAGAGCAUGCCACAUUAUUCGAGGGCAUUGAUGCACGGCUCUUGGAGCUCCCUGAGACCGCCAAUCUUGAAAGUAACGAUAUAAACGGUUGUUUGGGAAAUACGAACGGUGAACUGCCGCCGGGAGAUCCAAGAGGUGCGGCCUACGUCAUUUUCACGUCGGGCAGUACAGGCAACCCCAAAGGUGUUAUUAUAGAGCACAUGUCCUUUUGCUCUGGCCUUCGAAUCCACGCACCAGCGCAAUACAUUAGCUCGUCUUCACGGGUGUUGCAAUUUGCAGCGUAUACACAUGACACGAGUAUCGUCGAGAUUCUCACAACUCUCUGUGUGGGAGGAACGAUUUGCAGUCCAUCCGAACACGAGAGAAUGCAGAGUCUGUGCGAGUUUAUCAAUCAGAAAGCUGUCACAUGGGCUGUUUUAACACCAUCUUUCAUUACGGCAAUUCGGCCCGAAGAUGUUCCCACGCUCGAGGUGGUGGUGCUUGCGGGCGAGCGCUUGAUUCAGUCUAACAUCGAGGUCUGGUCACAGUCUGUGCGCCUACUCAGCGGCUACGGAGUGAGUGAGUGCAGUGUAAUCACCACAAUUAGUUGCCCAGCCGACAUAAAUCGGCGCGCAAGCAAUAUUGGCACACCAGCGGGGGGUGUCUGCUGGAUCGUCGACCCGAAAGACUCAGACAGGCUGAUGCCAAUCGGCCAGGUUGGGGAAAUAUUGGUUGAAGGCCCAACGGUGGGAAGAGGCUACAUUAACUCUCCUACUGCGACCCAACAAUCUUUCAUUCGCAGCCCAAAGUGGCUGCUGCCACUCGUGCGAGACGUUGAACGUGAGAGUUAUCGUGUGUAUCGCACGGGAGAUCUCGGAGUGCAAAACCCCGACGGCAGUAUCGACUUCAUAUCUAGAAAAGAUUCCCAGGUGAAGGUCCUAGGACGGAGGACAGAGUUGGGAGAGAUUGAGCAUUGUAUCGCAGCCCAAAGGGAUGUUCGGUUGUGCGCAGUAGUCUAUCCAGCUGAAGGACGAUAUGCCAGAUGCCUCGUGGCUCUCGUGGAGCUUCACAGCUUCGCGAAUCAGGCGGACGAAACCGAAUUUCAAAAGGAAAAGACAUCUAGGGAUACAUCUAUUGAGCUUCUCAGCGAAGAUACUGGGCACAUUGCUCAAAAAGUUAGGCAGGAAUUGCCAACAUACAUGGCACCAUCCGUGUGGUUGGUGACGCGGCGACUUCCUCGACUACCGUCGGCAAAACUGGAUCGUCGAACAAUCAGCAACUGGCUUGCAUCAAUACCUGCAAGUUCCAUCGACGACAACGAAUAUCCCGCUAUACCGCACGGGGAUGACACAGCUUGCCAGGUCGCGCUUCUGGUUGGUUUCAUAUCGCAAUUCUCGACAUGCGCAGGAAAGAACACAAAACAAAAUGAUGUCUUGCAUGAAAAUGCUCGUGACAUUCCUUUUCGACAGCAGGGUAUCGAUUCCAUCAAAGCUAUAACACUCAUGAGAGCCAUAUACCAUCAAUUCGACGUUAAACUCCCUGUUGAAAGUUUACUGGAGGACGCGGCAUGUCCUACUUCAGUUUCGAAAUGGAUUCGAGAAGCAAAAGAGUCGAAUAAAACGAAUUAUUUGCCAAAUUCAGUCGAUUUUGCGGCAGAAUUUGAGGAUGCAAAGUGCGACUUGGCAACUCAAGUUCAAGCCGCUCCUUCGCGUGCUCAGAGCCCGAGCCAAAACGGAAUUAAACACGUAUUCCUCACUGGCGCUACUGGCUUUCUCGGAUUAGCAAUUAUGCAUAGAUUGCUAACUAUCCAGUCCGAUGUCAAGAUAUCGGUGCUUGUUCGUGGCUCGAGCGCUGCGGGUGCGCUACAACGUAUACAAGACCGGGCUGCGGCUGAAGGUUGGUGGUCGCAGGCAUUUGGAGAUCGCAUUGAGAUAUGGCUUGGUGACCUCGCCUUGCCUUGGCUCGGAUUGGACGAUGUAAAAAGGCGUCGUCUAGCCGGCCUUGGCGAUUCAGCAGACCAGAUUGAUGCAAUAAUCCACAACGGCGCGCAAGUUAACUGGAGCCAAGGAGCCAAAGCUCUGUGGCCAGUCAACGUUGGCGCAACCCAACUUUUACUAGAAUAUGCAUUCCAGUCUCCUUUUACCAGUCGCUUUGUGUACAUUUCGGGGGGUAUCAGAGUCACAGAUUGCACUGCAAUCGAACAACAAGUCUCUGGCGCCCCUGAAGGCUACAGCCAAACGAAGCUAUUUAGCCAAGCACUAGUACAAGAUGCAGCGCGGCUUGCUUCAGAGAAAUGGAAAUGCAAAUGCCUCGACCUGUCUGUCAUCAAGCCGGCUUUCAUUAUAGACGAUGCAGAACGGGCUGAAUCCAAUACUCGCGACUAUUUAUGGCGCUACAUAGCUUCAGUAGCUGCUAUGGGGGUAUACGAUGCGAGCACCAUCGACGCACAUGUCGCACUUUCGACCGUUACUAUGGUGGCAGGGCAGAUCGUGGCAAGGCUUGAGGAUAUGCCUGCCACUAAUUUUGGGAUGCUGCAGAUGGAGUGUGGCCUUUCCGAAGGGACUAUCUGGGACAUUACAAGCUCUGUUCUGCGUCGGAGGCUGGAGCCAGUAGACCACGAAACGUGGUCUACACGGUUGAAGGAAUUCCUCGACACAUAUGGUGAAGCUGCACCAUUAUGGCCGCUGCAAGUGACUCUUGUAGGGCAGGAUUACAGGCUGGGGAGCAUGCUAGCUGUGGGUGAGGCCAAAAAGACUGCCAGGGCGGAGGUUUCGCUGCGUUUGCGCCGAGCAAUGGAGAAAAAUAUCCGGCAUUUGCUUGGGGCCAUUGAUGAUAUUCCAGCUGCUACUGAGUCUUUAGUGUCUCAUGUGACCGGCCAUUUUUCAUAA